CUCUAACAACAAUGCAAAUACGCACAAUACAAUAUCUAGACACUAGCGCUUGACGUAAAACUCGCCGCGGACGGGGAGGGACCCGGCCUCGAGCUCGCCCUCGAGCCCAAUGACCGCGGCCCGCACGUCCGCCACGCCGUCGAUGCCCGCCAACGCGCUACCCUUGAACAGGAUCUUGGCGACAAAGCUCUGCAGGAUGCCAUUACGCCCGGGUAACACAUCCAGCGCAAGGUCUUCGAAUGGCGCGCGCACAGUCAGGCCAUCAGGCAGAUCGGGGUCCUCGGAUGGGCCCGUAGUCGCGUCGAGAUACUCUGCGGGAUGGAUGCGGCCGAAGGCGUUGUCUGGCGGGUCCUCUGGGUCGGACUGGUCAUCGCUCUCCACUGGUCCGUCGAACACGAGCACGUCGGGUCGGAUAUUGGUGACGUUGAUUGCGACGUGCUCGAGCCCAUCGGGCAGCUGGAUGGAGGCGACGACUAUACCGGAGGCGUGCAUGGUUCCCGCAAUCUCGAAGAACUUGAUAUUCUCGAGGGUCACUUUGCGGACAAUGUUGGGACGGUUGGUCGGAGAAGGAAAGACGAGGUCGAGCGAGAGAGAUGGGAGCGACUGUAACACCCAUGGUGGAGGAAGCGGCGUCGAUGGGUUCGGGUGGUGAACCUUGCCCAGCCCGCGUACGGUCAGCGGGUUGUCCUCGCCGUGGAGGAAGCGCUGGAGGAAGUGGGACAGCGGGUCACCAGUGGACACUGUGACGUCUCCAUCGAUGUUGACAUGCACCGAGGUGUUUGUACACUUUGUCGUGACAGCCAGCACCUCGGCAAUGGGCGUUCCCUCGAGCUCGACAGAGAAUGGGAGACCGAACGGCACUUCGUCGACACCAGGAUUAGGAAGACUGAUGUUGGCACUGAUCUUGAGCCCGUUGUCGCUGUACAGGCCGUACGAAUCCAGCUUGACGAGCUUGGCGAGAUCGAGCGGCUUGCCGGGCGGCGGCAGGUUCGGCAAGGCGGGCACUGCACGACGGAGGGGGACGGACACAUCGGCUUGGGAGAAGGAGAGGUACUUUGCCCACCACGCGCCUCGGAUGCUGGCUGUGGCUUCCUUGGCACCGACGACCACAUCGGCAUGGCCCUUCGCCCAUGCCUUCUGGGACCACUCCCAGAUGUCGCCAGCGGGUGCGACGGGCGUCGCGACCGCCUCGACGGCAAUAUCCACAUACUCUGGCUCGUGGACCUUGCCCACGAGGAGCGGCACGUCGAUCGGGUCCGGGAAUGACACGUUCAGCAGCGCGAGGCCGCCUUCUCGGCGGUACACCAGAAUCUCGGGAAUCGCAACAGUCACCGUCUUCUGGGGAAGCGUGCCGAUAACGCCGUGCGCAACCGAUUCUCGCAGUCGGCCGAACCAUCCAGGGACCCAGCUGGGCCACUCGCGCUUCGUCUCGGCGAGGACAUAGUCGACGUCCACACCGCCGCGGAACGUGACGUUCACUCGGACGCCGGAACCUGAUACAUCGAGCACCUUGACUCCUGGCGAGGUGUAUACCAGUGCCGGUGCGAGAUCGAGGGAUUCGGAUUCUGCGGGUGGGAUGAAGCUUGCUGCGAGGAGCGCAGUGAACACGACCACGCCAAGGAGGAGGGAUAACGCGCUUGCAACGACUGCGAACCGCUUGGACCGCCGGUGCGAGUGACCUGUUGCUGGUGUGUCGACCGUAUACUCUGCUGACGCGGUGGACGAUGCGCUCGACUCGGCGGCACCGUACUCUGCCCUCAGGCGGUCGACUGCGGACUGGUGGAGGAGAGGCGCUGUUUCCGACGCCGAAGGAACCGCCUUGGCCUUGCCUUUGCCCUUGUCUGAUCUUGUGGUUGGCGGCAUUGUGGUGAUGGUGGUGAUGAGUGUGGAUGAAGGAGUGUGUGAUGUGGAAGUGUGGGAGCGCGGGUGCCGUGGGUGUCGUGGCUGGCUGGCGAAGCCGUGGCUUGAUGACGCCGCCGACGGAAGUGUGUUGAGAUGGGUGGCAAACAGUUAUAAGGUUGACAAUGCAAACUGUGCGCUGCUUGGAAACCCUUUGUACGCGACCUUGACGCUCAGACCACGACGAUAGUGACCGACGCGAGGAUGCCGCACGCUGAGUAGGUGCAAAGUUGGAUGAUGCAAAGGUGAGGUACAGAAGAGAGAGAUGUUAGAUGAGAGAUGCAGGGUGCACGCCAGGUGGGCGAUAAGGCGGAGCAAACAACCUGAGGGGCAACACGGAGCCGCAACCCUACCACCUACCUUUCAAAGGCGGCGCUGCUAUCGACAACAUCCCAUUCCGCCUCUCACUGCAUACCGCACACCCCUCCCAGUCGCCCAUACACGCAGCGACGAGCACAAAACUGCUCACAAUGCCAGUCCUGGCCCCCAUCUCUCCCGUCGCCGACGACACAGACGACAGCAUCGACACGGCCGAUAUCGAACGUGUCGUCAAGAGCCUGAGCCGACGCAGUCCGGUGCCGAGGUCGCACUUUGACCCGCCGUCGGCCGCCUUUCUCGCCAACCGCGGGCGUGUAGUCACACUCGGCAUGUUCAUCAUCGACCUGUUCGAGGUGACCGACCCCGCGGGGAACCGAGUGCCAGGGGGUGACGAGGCGAUCGGCGGAGGUGGGAUCUACGCCGCGACAGCUGCACGCCUCUUCCUCCCGCCUUCCCAUGUCGGCUUCAUCGCGGACAAGGCGCCAGACUUCCCGCCAGCGUUCGAGAACAAGCUGAGGAAACUGGGUCAAGGGAUGGUAUGGUUUCGCCCAGCAGAAGGCAAGACAACGCGGGCGCUGAAUGUCUACUCCGGUGCCGAGGUUGGCUCCGGGCACCAGACGUUUCAAUACCUCUCCCGCCAACCGCAGCUCUGGCCGUCCGACUUCCUCUCACCCAUCUCGCCCAUCUCGACCCCACGCCCAGAGUGGAUCCACGUCGUGUGCGAUAUCAGCCGGGCGGGCGCGGUGCUCGACGACGCGGAGAAGUGGCGGUCGCAGGGGUGGAAUGGGGAGCUGGCAUGGGAGCCACUUAUCCGGGGACCCGACCCCGACGCGCUGGCGCAGUACGUCACCCUCGCACGCCGGUUCGCAAUCUUCAGCCCGAACCACCUCGAGCUCCAGACCAUCUUGGAGGAAGACGCUGACGUCGAAACCUGUGCGCGCCUGUUCCAUGGCCAUCUGGCGGCGUUAGGAGGCCCGGUACCGGCCAUCGUCGUCCGCGCAGGGGCCGACGGCGCGUUCACCCUCUCGCGCGAUUGGACGGGUUGGGUGCCGGCCUACUUCCAGGACGGCUCGCGCGUCGUCGACCCCACGGGUGGAGGCAACUCCUUCUUUGGCGGGCUGUUGGCUGGCUUGGUCCUCUCUGAUGGAGAUUACAGGGCAGCGUCCAUCUACGCCGCCACCGCCGCCUCCUUUGCUAUCGAGCAGCGCGGCCUGCCUGUCCUCACCACCUCUGCAUCCGGCACGGAGCUCUGGAACGACGAAUCGCCCUGGGACAGGCUACACGCCCUCGCUCUCCGCGUCGACCUGUCCGACUGAACCCGCAAUUGUACGCAUAUACCGAGAUUAACUGCAUAAAGGGAGAGAGCAAAGCGAAGUGCCAUGUCCGUACACGAAGCGAAUAAAUGCGGCCAGAGGGCCGGGUAGGCAGAAACGAUUCUGGGUAACAGCGAGAUUCGAAACAAACACUACAUCUACUUCUUCUGGGGGACACCCUUGGCGGCACCGGGCUUGGUGAUAAGGUUCUAGGGGUCAGCGGCGGCCUUGCGCACCGUCCUACCUUGUGGAUGUGGGGAAGAACACCACCGCCGGCGAUCGUGGCGCGGAUGAGGAGGUCGAGCUCCUCGUCGCCACGAAUGGCCAGCUGCAAGUGUCGGGGCGUGAUACGCUUGACGCGGAGGUCCUUGGCGGCGUUGCCUGAGACGUUAGAGUGGGCUCAUCUGAUCUGCGCGUCACAGCCCGACGCACCAGCAAGCUCCAGCACCUCGGCGGUCAGGUACUCCAUAAUGGCGGCGACGUAGACGGCAGCCUUGGCACCGACGCGCACGUUGUUGGCGUUCUUGUUACGCAGGAACCUGUGUGUACGCGUCAGAUGGCCCCCUGGGCAGAAUGCAAGUGGCGAUUUACCUGUGGAUACGGCCUACGGGG